GCACGCGCUCUCAGCUUCUGCUGCUCUUAGGGCAGUUUUCUAGCUCCUGUUUUUACUUCCUUCUCUUCAGAGCUGUAUCCGGGUCGUUGUUUUCUCUAUUGUCUUAGGCAACCGGCCUCGGACUGUGCAGUUUCUGGGUCUUUUGUUGCUUUUGUUUGCGGGAUAAUAAAGUUUUUCUUUCCUUUAUUUUUUAUCUAAGCGUUUUAACGGGGUAAAUUAACUCCUCAGGGCUGCCGGGUUGGCCGAGCUGCCUGGGCCGGAGGGCGCCUUUGGCCGGGGAGCGCCAAAGGAAGGCGCUCGAGCGGCCGGGGUCUGUUCUGCUAGGACCGGGGGGCCGGGGGGCGGGAGGGGAGCGGCGGGGCUGCACCUGGGGUGCCCCGGGCAGGUCCGCGGCGCCGCCCAUUUUUAAUAGCAUCUUUUGGACUUUUUUCCUUGGUCUCAGUCCUCGACCUCGGCGCUGCCUGUGCUAUCGCAGCCUCUCCCUAGGUCUCCUCCAAACGACCACCUCGGAUUCCUUAUGGAUCGCAGCUCCAAGAGGAGGCAGGUGAAGCCUUUGGCAGCUUCUCUGCUAGAAGCUCUCGAUUAUGAUAGUUCAGAUGACAGUGAUUUUAAAGUUGGAGAUGCUUCAGAUUCUGAAGGGAGUGGUAAUGGAAGUGAAGAUCCUUCAAAGGACAGUGGAGAAGGUUCCUGUAGUGAUUCUGAAGAAAAUAUUUUAGAGGAAGAACUGAAUGAAGACGUUAAAGUAAAAGAAGAACAACUUAAAAAUUCUGCAGAGGAAGAAGUACUGUCAUCAGAAAAACAGUUAAUUAAGGUGGAAAAGAAAGAGGAAGAAGAGAAUGGAGAAAGACCUAGGAAGAAAAAGGAAAAAGAGAAGGAGAGAGAGAAGGAGAAAGAGAAAGAGAAGGAGAGAGAGAAGGAGAAAGCAACAGUAUCUGAUAACGUGGCUGCUGCUGCCUCCACCACGCCAGCCACAAGCCCUCCUGCUGCUCACACGUGUCCUUCAGGCCCCUCGGCCACAGCUGCAGAGGAGCAAGUCAGCGAGCCAAAAAAGUGGAACCUUCGUCGGAACCGACCACUUUUGGAUUUCGUAUCCAUGGAAGAGCUGAAUGACAUGGAUGACUAUGACAGUGAAGAUGACAAUGAUUGGCGACCCACUGUAGUAAAAAGAAAGGGCCGAUCUGCAUCUCAGAAGGAAGGAAGUGACGGGGACAACGAGGAUGAUGAAGAUGAGGGAAGUGGGAGUGAUGAGGACGAGAACGAUGAAGGCAACGAUGAAGAGCAUAGCAGUCCUGCCAGUGAUGGGGGCUGCAAGAAGAAGAAGAGUAAAGUUCUUAGCAGAAACAGUGCUGAUGAUGAGGAACUGACCAAUGAUAGCCUGACACUAUCUCAGAGCAAGAGUAAUGAGGACUCGCUGAUUCUUGAGAAGAGUCAAAACUGGAGUUCUCAAAAAAUGGACCAUAUUCUGAUUUGCUGUGUUUGUCUUGGAGAUAAUAGUGAGGAUGCUGAUGAAAUAAUUCAGUGUGACAAUUGUGGUAUUACAGUUCAUGAAGGUUGUUAUGGAGUUGAUGGAGAGAGUGACUCUAUUAUGAGUUCAGCUUCUGAAAACUCCACUGAACCUUGGUUUUGUGAUGCCUGUAAAUGUGGUGUUUCCCCUAGCUGUGAACUGUGUCCCAAUCAGGAUGGAAUUUUCAAGGAGACAGAUGCUGGAAGAUGGGUUCACAUCGUUUGUGCCCUGUACGUUCCUGGUGUAGCCUUUGGAGAUAUUGACAAAUUACGACCAGUAACACUAACAGAAAUGAACUAUUCCAAAUAUGGUGCCAAGGAGUGUAGCUUCUGUGAAGACCCUCGUUUUGCUCGAACUGGAGUUUGCAUUAGCUGUGAUGCAGGGAUGUGCAGAGCCUAUUUCCAUGUGACCUGUGCUCAGAAGGAAGGUCUGCUUUCAGAGGCAGCAGCAGAAGAGGAUAUAGCAGAUCCAUUUUUUGCUUAUUGUAAGCAACAUGCAGAUAGGUUAGACAGAAAGUGGAAGAGAAAAAACUACUUGGCUCUACAAUCCUAUUGUAAAAUGUCUUUACAAGAGAGAGAGAAGCAGUUAUCACCAGAAGCACAGGCAAGGAUCAAUGCCCGGCUUCAGCAGUAUCGUGCCAAAGCAGAACUAGCUCGAUCCACCAGACCCCAGGCCUGGGUUCCGAGGGAAAAAUUGCCCAGACCACUCACUAGCAGUGCUUCAGCCAUUCGCAAACUUAUGCGGAAAGCAGAACUCAUGGGGAUCAGUACAGAUAUCUUCCCAGUGGACAAUUCAGAUACUAGUUCUAGUGUGGAUGGAAGGAGAAAGCAUAAGCAACCUGCUCUCACUGCUGAUUUUGUGAAUUAUUAUUUCGAGAGAAAUAUGCGCAUGAUUCAAAUUCAGGAAAAUAUGGCUGAACAAAAGAAUAUAAAGGAUAAAUUAGAGAAUGAACAGGAAAAGCUUCAUGUGGAAUAUAAUAAGCUCUGUGAAUCUUUGGAAGAACUACAAAACAUGAAUGGAAAACUUCGAAGUGAAGGACAAGGAAUAUGGGCCUUACUAGGCAGAAUCACAGGGCAGAAGUUGAACAUACCGGCAAUUUUGCGAGCACCCAAGGAGAGAAAACCAAGUAAAAAAGAAGGGGGCACACAAAAGGCAUCGACUCUUCCUGCAGUACUUUAUAGUUGUGGAAUUUGUAAGAAGAACCAUGAUCAACAUCUUCUUUUAUUGUGUGAUACCUGUAAACUCCAUUACCAUCUUGGAUGUCUGGACCCUCCUCUUACGAGAAUGCCAAGAAAGACCAAAAACAGUUAUUGGCAGUGUUCUGAAUGUGACCAGGCAGGGAGCAGUGACAUGGAAGCAGAGAUGGCCAUGGAAACCUUACCAGAUGGGACCAAACGAUCAAGGAGGCAGAUUAAGGAACCAGUGAAAUUUGUUCCACAGGAUAUGCCUCCAGAACCCAAGAAGAUUCCAAUAAGAAACACGAGAACCAGAGGACGAAAACGAAGCUUCAUUCCUGAGGAAGAAAAACAUGAGGAAAGAGUUCCUAGAGAGAGAAGACAGAGGCAGUCUGUGUUACAAAAGAAGCCCAAGGCUGAAGAUUUACGAACUGAAUGUGCAACUUGCAAGGGAACUGGAGACAAUGAAAAUCUUGUCAGAUACCCUUCAUGAGACCCAACUCUGCCACAGCUCAUCCUCGGAGGCAAUCCUGGAAACCUCUUUUAUAAGUGUGAUUUUUUAAAUGUGGAUAACCCUCUCAAUAGAGUACAUAAAGUAAAGGAGAACAGCUAUCUUGUCAUUCCCAUAAGCUUAUCACUGCAAAAAGUUGCCUUUGCUUGUCAGGUUUGAAUAGAAUGUAAUUGAUUGGUUUGUUACUUGGACUGACAAGGCAGUUAAUUUGCCUCUAUGGAUUUUUUUUUUCUCUUUUUUUUUUUCCCUUCUUUAACUUUUUUUUUUUUAAUCAGAAAUAUUUGAUAUGUACAUUGUUGAAAAACACUAGAUAAUGUCUUGUCAGAAUUGUCCAUUAAGUAAUGUCUUCCCCUCUUGCUUCUUUGGCAAAUGAUAUACAGUGUUUGGACUUAAAAGAGUUGUGGAAGCCUGUGGGACUUACAUGCAAUGUGCUACUCAUUGUUGUUGAACAAAUCAAGUAACUAAUAAGAAAGAUGAUGCAUUCCACUAGUCUGCUGUUCUGUUUCAUCCAGCUAAUACACAUAUUCAUAUAUGAAACGCUACAUUGGGAAACAACUGUAGACUAUAUUAAAUGUUACUUUUAUUUAUAAUAAUUCAGCAAAAGUGAAAACUUGUGAAAGAAUAUGCCAUUCUAGUUUUGACUCAUUAGUUCUAGUGUGAAAGCACUAGUAUUAUUAGCAUGCAGUUUUUACAACUUCAGAUUUUAAAUAAAUAAGAUACAUCUGUGUUGAUCUCUAGAUAUUUUUAGUAACCAAACUUACCGAGUCUUCAUUGACUUAAUACAAACUUUCUCUGUUUGGUUUAAUUUUACUUUUCUCAACCAUAAAUAUGAGGUUACAAAAUAAGGAGAGAGAUACAAAGCUUAUUGACUAUACAACCUGCCAAAUGAAAGAUCUUCAUCAACAUCUGUAUCUUUCCAAAGGUUUGCAGAAUUAAAAUUUGAUCUUCAAGCUUUAAUGAUCCUGUUUUAAGUCAACGACAGAAAUAUGUUGAAUAUUUCAUCACUUCAUCUUGAACUGAUUUAGAAGAGACUCUUUGCUGAAAUUGAAAUGCAUAUUUACAUGUAAAUUGUCAACACGUCUCUUGGAAUUACCUGAUUUAUAGAUGUGGUUUGGGACAUCUUUUCAGGUAUAGUGGCAAUUGAAAAUAGUUUAAACAUUAGGAAUAGAGUAGGAAAUGUUAUAGAUAAUCAAAAGCAAGUGUCAAUAUAAAGUUGCUAUAUGCUAGUAAUCUAUAGUUAUACUAAGGAACCAUUAUUUAUUGGAUAUGUAGUAAAAGUAGAAUGUAUAUAAAAUAUGUAUAAACUGAGAUCAUCAACUUAUUGAAAGACCUUGUAACAUUGGAGGAAAAAUAUUAAUAACCUGUAGCAAAACCAGUAGGCUUUUUUUUUCCUUAGGAGAAGGACUCACUAUUUAUUGCUGUAUAAUCUUAAGAAAAAGUUGGUAAUGAUUACUGUUGCUGAAUUUAAGAAAAAUGGCAGAUUUCCAUUUCCUUAAAAAAGAAAUGGCUAAUUCAUUGGGACCUGAUCCUCCUUUGAUACAUGAUGAGAAAUUACCAGUGGUCAUUUUAUUUUAGACUUUUUAUUUUGAAAAAAUAAUUAAGUCUUAUGCUUUUGAUGUCACUGUCAAUCAAAAUCCUUUCCACCUUUUUCUGUUUGUAAUAACAUACUGUCUUCAUUCUCUGUCUUACUUUAAUACUUCUGUGGUAGAUAUCCUGUUCCAUAUUUGGUGCUAGCCCUAAGAAUCUUGGUCACAGAUCACAAAUAAAAUACUUUUUCCUAAUAAUCUCCUAGACAGUCUUAUAUUUCCAGGGAACAGAAUUAACCCUUUUCUGAAAUUGGUCCAGUUGUUAUUCAAAGGAGAUAUUAGUGUAUACUUAAGGGAAUAUACACUUAACUGUUCAUAUUUUACAGACAUAUAUAAGAGAAAACAGCCAAACAAGUGAAUGAUGGUUCAUUGUCACAUAAUAGGGAAAGGAAAGAAAACACUGAAAUAUCAAGGGGUAAAAUAAAUAACUCGGAGAUACAAGAAGAAUGACAUGACAGUAUAUAGCAGUGGUUGUGAAACUUUGUAGUAUAUCAGAAUCACAGGAAGAGUUUCUUUAAAAGCAGACUGCUCACAUACCACCAGUCUUCUUUUAGUCCUCUGCAUUUUACUCCCUCCUCCUCCUCCCUGCAGUUCCUGAUUAAGUGGCUCUGGGAUGAGGCCAGAAAAUUUGCUUUUCUAACAAGUUCUCAAGUGAUGAUGCUGCUGCUGGCCAGGGACAUCCUUUGACAACCAUUUGUAUAUAAUAUUUUUUAAAAGAAUCAUGGUGUUGUGCUUGACAUCGAUUGAUUGAAUGUGGCUUUAAUCUCAUUAAAAGGCCCUUAAAUUUGCAAAAAUAUUUAUUUCUAGGUAAAAGGGAUUGUAGUAAUUCCAUUUACAACGCAUGCAGUAUAACUUCUUUAUUAUACAUAAGUUCAAUUAAAUAGGUGUUUAUUUUAUACCUGUUACAGAGAUAGCCGUAUUUUAGGCACAGAAAUGAAUCAAGGCGCAUAGCCUUUGUCCAUAGUAACUUUGUUAAAAUUUGAAAUUAGGAUUAUGUUUAACAUGAAAGCAGAAAUUAGCCUUAACCUUAAUCCAUUUUAAGUUUGUAAAUGAAAAUUUUUUAUCAUUUAUAUAUCGUUAUUCAUGUGUUUGAGUGUUUAUCUGAUUUUGCAUUUUUAAUAGUAAAAAUAGAUUGAUGAUAAAUAAUAAGAAUAUUCACACUCACUAUCCUAGUUCCCUGUUUUAACAUCAUACACUUAAAAGUGAAAGUGAAGUCGCUCAGUUGUGUCUGACUCUUAGCGACCCCAUGGACCGUAGCCCAUCAGGCUCCUCCGUCCAUGGGAUUUUCCAGGCAAGAGUACUGGAGUGGGGUGCCAUUGCCUUCUCCCAUACACUUAAAGAUAUCAUUAUUUUUAAACACUUAAUAUUCUUUAUUUGACAAAACUUACCACUGUUUCACUUGUUUCUCAGUAUGGGAAUAUUUUAUUAAUAUUUCACCAAAAUCUUUUCAAGGAAUUCAGAAGAAUGAUAUAUUGACAUCAUUAAUUUUUCUUUAAAUUUUCUGAAAUCACGUCAACAAUUAAAACCUGUUUAAGAGACUCAGCUUUAGAGUUGCAUGAUAAAUGAAGGCAGAAAUUUUUUCCUACUUGUCUGAGUCAGCACUUUGUCAGUUUACAUAACACUAAGGAUUGUGAUUUAAAAUAUUUCUGAUCUGGACAUGCUUUGCAAAUACUUCUUUUUUUUUUUUUUUAAUUUAAUAAACAUGUAGGCCUCUUUUCUCCCAGUACUCAGUCUUAAGACUUUCUGUAGGCCUGCUGAUAAGAUUCACUGCUGUUCAGGUACAUAAGAUAUAAUGAAGUUGGAUGCUCAUGCUGGGCUUUGUAAAUAAAAUGAGAUUGACCCCUAGCCAUUAUGUCAUUUACCUAAUUUAUGUUGUAAAAUCAAGAUCUACACUAUUGAUUAGAAAAUAAUUAGUUAAUUAUGAGCAGAGAAAUACAAAGUUAUGUGGGACUUGAGCACAGCAGGUUGUACUGCUGAAAGAUUUCCAAGGGCAUGAGCAGAUGGAGAGCAGUUUAUUAAA